AUGCAGCGGCCUCCACCAGAAGAUUUUCUGUUGAAGGAGACCAAGCCCCACCUUGGAGGGGGGAAGGUCUCUGGUGACAAGCUUACUAGCACUUAUGACCUUGUUGAGCAAAUGCAGUACCUCUAUGUGAGGGUUGUGAAGGCUAAGGACUUACCUGCAAAGGAUGUCACUGGCAGUUGUGACCCUUAUACUGAAGUCAAGUUGGGGAACUACAAAGGCACCACUCGACAUUUCGAGAAGAAGAGUAAUCCUGAAUGGAACCAGGUUUUUGCUUUCUCCAAAGACCGCAUUCAGGCUUCCAUUCUGGAGGUCACUGUGAAGGAUAAGGAUGUUGUGAAGGAUGAUUUCAUCGGUCGGGUCUUGUUCGACCUCAAUGAGGUUCCAAAACGUGUUCCACCGGAUAGUCCCCUUGCACCGCAGUGGUAUAGGCUGGAGGACAGGAAGGGUGAUAAGGCGAAGGGGGAGCUAAUGCUGGCUGUUUGGAUGGGUACACAAGCUGAUGAAGCAUUUCCGGAAGCAUGGCACUCUGACGCUGCGACGGUUAGUGGGACUGACGCUCUUGCGAACAUUAGAUCAAAGGUGUAUCUAUCUCCUAAGCUUUGGUAUUUGAGGGUUAAUGUGAUAGAGGCGCAAGACUUGCAGCCGACUGACAAGGGUAGAUACCCUGAAGUUUUUGUGAAGGCUACUCUGGGAAAUCAGACCUUGAGGACUAGAAUCUCCCAAAGCAGGACUAUCAAUCCAAUGUGGAAUGAGGAUAUGAUGUUUGUGGCCGCUGAACCAUUUGAGGAGCCUCUGAUUUUGAGUGUGGAAGACAGGGUUGCCCCUAACAAAGAGGAAUCACUUGGGAGGUGUGCAAUUCCUUUACAAAUGGUGGACCGGAGACUGGAUUACAAACCUGUGAAUACUAAGUGGUAUAAUAUUGAAAAGCACAUUGUUAUUAUGGAAGGAGAAAAGAAGAAGGAAAUAAAGUUUUCUAGCAAGAUUCAUAUGAGGAUCUGUCUUGAAGGUGGUUAUCAUGUUUUGGAUGAAUCAACUCACUACAGCAGUGAUCUUCGCCCAACUGCGAAACAGCUGUGGAAGUCCAGUAUUGGAGUUCUUGAAUUGGGGAUAUUGAAUGCUCAGGGUUUGAUGCCAAUGAAAACAAAAGAUUCUAAGGGGACAACUGAUGCCUAUUGUGUAGCAAAAUAUGGGCAGAAGUGGGUCCGGACAAGGACAAUCAUUGAUAGCUUUGCACCCCGAUGGAAUGAGCAAUAUACUUGGGAGGUUUUUGAUCCUUGCACUGUCAUUACAAUUGGUGUCUUUGAUAACUGUCAUUUGAUUGGUGGUGAUAAGGCUGGAGGGGCAAAAGAUUCCAAAAUUGGGAAGGUAAGAAUCCGUCUUUCCACCCUUGAGACUGACCGGGUCUAUACACAUUCCUAUCCUCUUCUAGUUCUUCAUUCAAAUGGGGUGAAGAAAAUGGGUGAAAUCCACUUGGCUGUAAGGUUUACUUGUUCUUCUCUGCUUAAUAUGAUGCAUAUGUAUUCAAUGCCUUUGUUGCCUAAGAUGCAUUAUAUUCACCCACUAACUGUUAGCCAGCUUGACAAUUUGAGGCAUCAAGCUACUCAGAUUGUUUCAAUGAGACUGAGUCGUGCUGAGCCACCCUUGAGAAAGGAAAUUGUGGAAUAUAUGCUGGAUGUGAGUUCCCACAUGUGGAGCAUGAGAAGAAGCAAGGCCAACUUUUUCAGGAUUAUGGGAGUUUUGAGUGGACUAAUUGCUGUAGGAAAGUGGUUUGACCAGAUCUGUAAUUGGAAAAAUCCAAUCACCACAGUUCUGAUCCAUAUCCUGUUUAUAAUAUUGGUCAUGUACCCUGAGCUUAUCUUACCUACAAUAUUCCUUUACCUCUUCUUGAUUGGAGUUUGGUACUAUAGAUGGAGGCCAAGACACCCUCCUCACAUGGACACUCGUCUCUCUCAUGCCGAUUCUGCGCACCCAGAUGAACUCGAUGAAGAGUUUGACACAUUCCCGACCACCAGACAUUCGGACAUCGUGAGGAUGAGGUACGACCGGCUUAGAAGCAUUGCUGGGAGGAUACAGACUGUGGUUGGUGAUUUGGCCACUCAAGGGGAGAGGCUGCAGUCUUUGCUCAGCUGGAGGGAUCCAAGAGCAACUGCCCUCUUUGUGAUCUUCUGUCUGGUUGCUGCCAUUGUACUCUAUGUCACUCCAUUCCAGGUUGUGGCACUUCUCACUGGAAUCUAUGUAUUGAGACACCCCAGGUUCCGCCACAAGCUUCCUUCAGUGCCUCUGAAUUUCUUCAGGAGGCUGCCUGCAAGAACUGAUUGCAUGCUUUGA